UGGUCCAACUAUGACGAGGUGGAUCAGCAGCGGUCGGGUGUUCUGUGGACCACAAGCAUGGCGAUCAAAUUGGCCAUGUGAGAUUUGCCGAGUACAAUAAUAUACCAAAAAACUCUAGGAGAGAUGACACCGACUAAGAAGACCCCAAGCGUGAAGGUGGAGGUGUCUUGCUAUUGUAUAUUAUGUCGCAAGGUCUACCUGAAAAAUGACGCGCACAAGCACAUGCAGAGCAUGCUACACCACCGAGAGCUUGAGAAUGUGAAGGGCAGAGAUUGUAGGCACUGGUGCAAAGUGUGCAAAGUGUCCUCUCAGGGUUUAACUGAGUACGCCGAGCACAUCUCCACCCAGUCGCACGGAGACAAGAUCAAGAACCCGACACGGAAGACUAAGCCUAUGUAUGUGGAACAAGACCUCGACGCAGAGCUGCUCUCCAAAGUCAGGGAAAGGAACAAAGAACUGCAUAAGACGGAGAAAAAGAGGAAGAGGAAGAAAAAGAAACUAAAUCUAAAAAUGGAAGCGCAGCAAGACCCGGAAAAGCAGAAAGCUCCCGUGCGAAAAUGUCCCAAGCAGCCAAAGGGAAAAGCACUGAAAUGGAUACCGCAAGUAGCUAAACUAAAAGUAGCUAAAUUGAAAACACCCCAAAAACUUUCCAAAGAGAAGAAACCCCAGCAGAAGACAUCACAGCCACUCAGUGGUAAGAUGGUACAAAACAAGGAGAACCGGCUUGCCUGUAAACUCAAGUCUCUGCCCCCCAGUCAGCCAGCCACGCCGCAGGGGCAGAGUGGAGCUCAGCCUCCCUGGCCAGAGUUUAGGGGACCCCCAGGUGGAACAUGCCACCCCUAUAGUGAACAACACACCCAGUCCACAUUGUCCCAGCCCCAUCAAGUUGGCAGUGAUGACAAUCCUCCAAUUUCUGGCAGUCCUGACAUCCAGAGCCUGGGCACUAGUGUCAGAGGAAGGGGCUUCAAAGCUAGCAGGUCCAACACAUUUCAUAAGAACCUUAGAGGAGCCGGAGUAAAUCCUGUGACGCUACCACCAGGCCAGCUGAGGUGGCCUAAAACCAGCCAGUUGGGUUACGAAUUCUAUGGGCAGGCAUCCAGAAAGACCCAGGAUAUGGACUUCACUAGUGAUCACUUACCUCCAAAAGGAGCAAUCAUCUUCAGCCCAGGGGAGAUAGACUCUGGUAGUACCACUGCCCCCGUCUCUACCUCCAGCUCAGGUCCCUCUGAUCAGGGUGACGGCGACAAGGGCCGGAUACGGAGCGUGGCCGUCACUGUGAUGCUACGUCAGGUCCGGAGAGCCCUGGGGGUGAGGGAGCCCCCAAGAGCCUCUCCCGUCACCCCGACUCUCACCACAACUCGAGGCCAUUGCAGGGGGGCAGAGGCCGAGGAGGGCCUACCCAGAAGGACACAGAGGACCAAGCGCGGAGAGGCAGCCACACUUCCCAGCUCCAGCUCCCCAGUCAGCCAGUUCAAAAGCCUCCCCUCCACCACCACCUCCCUGCAGUCCUCACAGGUUAGCACUACCAGAUCUGUGGCUUCAAGUGAAACUCGGCCUCUCCCUGGCAACCAAACUAAACGAAGAUCAACCAGAUACCCCAAGGUAGAGGAAACCAGUAACUCACAACCGACCAAGGAAGGUGAGGGAUUGGCUUCAGACACAUACGGUCCGGUUAGCAGCCAAACCAAUCCUCAGGAAGGUUCAACUGUGCCCCGAUUGCGCAACCUUCCACGACCUACGUCUCUGAAGAGGAACUUGACCCAACAUAUCAGCAAACGCGGAGCCCACGAGCCUAACCUGAAUGCAGCUCGCCGGAUACGGAAGGGCGAGGGAGAGAAGGAGACGGGGACAGGGGCAGGGCUCAAACCCACACUGAAGAAGCUGCUCAGUUCCGCGGGGUCACAGAGGAAGGUCAACUGGAGGAAGAUGUACCAGGAGGCCAACUGGAAGAAGCAGGAGAAAGUCAAAGGCAUGCCCAGGUUUGGCAUUGAACUGGUGAACCCCCUCUCUGACCCAGAGGGCCUGGCCCUGGACGAAGACGAGGACCUCCCCCUAACAGAGGGCUUCCAAUGGGAGUCUGGUUACCCUGAUGGAGCCCCGCCCCCUGCAGCCCUACCCACUCCCCCUCUCCCACAGGCAAUGCCUGCUAGUGAUGUCAUCAGAGAACAACCGUCAGAGGCUUGGACGCUGGGAUCGGAGCAGCCUAGCACUGUGCUGCGGGAUAGCAGGUCAUCCCGAGCCCCUCAGUCUUUAUGUGUGAAGACUGAACCAGAGCAGUACAGGGAGGCAGGAGUGGACAGUGAGCAGAGACAGUUGAAUACAAGGAGGAAAAAGAAGCGGAAAGUGGAUAGUGACUUGUUAGACACCUCUGGUGUGGAUCGGAGUGGGAAAAAGCAAAAGAUUAAGUCAAACAGCGAGAAUGUCCAGGUGGACCAGCUGCUAGCUGUGUCUCUGAUGGAGGAGGAGCUGAGCGGUUCCCUACAGAGCCUAGACACCUCCCUGAUCCAGGCCCGCAACACCCUGCAGGUCGCCUACACAGAGGUGCAGCGCCUCCUACUGGUCAAACAGCAGGUUACCACAGAGAUUAACGGUCUCCGAGCCAAGCGUAUUGAGAUCCUGCAGGUGAUGCAAGGGGCAGUGGCAGCAGCUACGGUGCCUACCCAACACCCCUCACUCCUUCCUCUGGCUUACCACUCCACCCCCUCUGCCAUACCCAUCCUAAACCCCACCCCCUCCACCUCAGUGAGCCUGCCUGUCAAAAAAGAGCCUGCCUCUCUCAACAGCCUGUCUCGCGCCACCCCCUCGCGCAGUCCUGUCAUUUCCUAUCCCCUCGUGAACCCUCGCUCCACCACCCCUGUCCUCGUUCCCUCACCUCUGCCCAUCCCCAUACCUGCCAAACCCCCUUCCACCACAGUGACCCUUCCUGCAACUACACCACCUGCUGUUGCGACACUCGGCCAGCAGAGGGUGGUGGGUAGCUCCACCUCACUGUCUACCAGCACCAAGCAGCUGAUUGGAAGGCAAAAGAAGCAGAGCAAGGAGAAGGCCACCAGGAGGACCAAGUCAAAGCAGGAAGACGUUCAAGACCAGAGUUCAACGGCCAGUUCCACCACCAGUGACUCGGAGGACUGGGAGGACCAAGAGGGGCUCACCCUCACCUCUGUCCACCUCGCACAGGGGGGGAAAGACCCUCUAUUGGGGCAGGAGAAGGACGGGGGUAAAGGGGGUGACGAAGGAGACAGCGACUGCUACGUCGAGACAGUCACUGUAGAGCACCAGCCGAGAUCCAACAUGGACAUCGUCGCCAUCGAUGACUCGGACGUCGAGGAGGAGCCGGAGGCCAUUGUUCCACACACCCCUGCUCCCGCACAGCUCCCCUCCACCUCUCCUGCCCCACCUAGGUCUGUGUGUGUGGAGGUGAACUCUAGCGGUACCCAGACAGUCAGGGUUAAGGAGGACCAUAAGGACAUCAAACUAAAGGACACCAGCUACGGCAAAAUUAAGUUACCCCCUGUAACUGUGAAAGAGAAACAUAGUCUCCCAAAGUGUGCCGACGUGGCUGAGGAGCAGGAGCCGUCUCUGGGGAGCUUCGAGGGCCACACUGGCACCGUCCAUGACCUCCAGAUCCAUGGGGGCUUCCUGUAUACAUGUUCAGGGGAUAACACAGCACGAGCAUAUUGCCUAGUGAGCAAAGCGUGCCAAGCUGUCUUUGAGGGCCACACCAACAAGAUCAACUGCCUGCUGGUGUCAUCUCUGCCCGGCCUGCCAGCACGUCUCUACACCGGCUCCAGUGACCUCACCAUCCGCUGCUUCAGCAUCAAGUCAAAGAAGUGCCUUGAGCAGAUCUCUCUGUCCGACCGGGUGCUGUGUCUGCACAUUCACUGGAACAUCCUGUACGUAGGCCUAGCAAAUGGAUCUGUGGUCAGCUUUGAAGUCAAGACCCAGAGGCAGCUGGAUGUGUUUGAGUGCCACGGCCCACGGGGGGUGAGCUGCCUGGGCACGUCCCAGGAGGGAGCUCGGCGGGUGCUGCUAGUGGGCUCUUAUGACAGCACCAUCAGCGUACGUGACGCCAAGAGCGGUCUGCUGCUGCGCUCACUGCAGGGCCACACUAAGACCGUCCUCUGUAUGAAGGUGGUGAAUGACCUGGUCUUCAGCGGCUCCAGUGAUACGUCUGUCCACGCCCACAACAUCCACACGGGUGAGCUGGUCCGUAUCUAUAAGGGUCACAGCCACGCAGUCACAGCGUUAGCCAUCUUGGGGAAGGUCAUGGUGACAGCCUGCCUGGACAAGUUGGUGCGUGUCUACGAGUUACAGUCCCACGACCGGCUGCAGGUGUACGGUGGCCACCAUGACAUGGUGAUGUGUAUGGCCAUCCAUAAGAGUGUGAUCUACACAGGCUGCUACGACGGCACUGUCCAGGCCGUGAAACUCAACUUGAUGCAAAACUACCGCUGCUGGUGGCACGGUUGCUCGCUGAUCUUUGGCAUGGGGGAGCACCUCCUGCAGCACCUGCUCACCGACCACAGCAACCGGCACCUGCAGACCUUCAGGUGUCGCUGGAGGAAUUGCGACGCCGCCUUCGCCACGCAAGACUCCUCCCACCUGGACCUGCCUAGCCACAUGCAGACACACGUAGAGAUGGACAGCAAGCUGAAAACAUGACAGUAGAGAAGACAUGCUGUUUCCCCAGUUCUUCCUUCUGCAGAUGUGUGGUGCUGAGUUGACACGGAUCUCUCGCCAUUAGAAUCAAUGGCUCCAUACAUGGAGCUAGGCUGGAAUUCUGGCAUUCAUUCUUCUUGGAUAGUAGGAGUUGGGACCCCAUUCAGUAGGCAAAUGUUGAGGAGGGAAGGAGAUCGAACUGAACUGUUUUCUUGUUCAGAGUAAUUUCUCACUUUGUUCAUCCUUUAACCCCCUGCUCUUCCCUGGUAAGAGGACACCAGUACGAAGGUUGUGACAUGUUUUUAAUGGACCUUGGUUUACAACAGGGAUCAUCAACUAGAUUAAGCCAUGGCAUGAUUUUUCAUGAGCGGAUUAACAUAAUUACAAAUAAUUUGUUGACUUCAAAUUGACCGCAAGAAGCCCAAACAAAUAUAUUUGACUUAAACAUAAUCAUUUCAAACCUGGCAUAUGUUUGUAUAUGAUCACAUAUAUCUCUGUAUUAUGCCUGGGAAUAUUGUGGGACAGAUUUCCAAAAUUAAAACUUGGAGCUCAUUGGCUGGUGUUUUAACAGUCUUAUGGUCAACAGUCUUAUGGUCAACAAUCUUAUGGUCAACAAUUUAAAAUAGUAAUUUUCAGAACUUGGGGGGGCUAAAUAAAAUCACAGUGGGCUGCUAGUUGGGGAACCCUGGAUUAUACCGUUCUACAAGGCUGUGGCUCAACGUCAGCAAUUGUAUUGGAACACUUGCUAAAUAGCCCAUACUGGACACACACACACUAACACACAGCGUAUAGAUUAUCACUGCAUAACCACACUGUAACUGAUCUGUUGACAUGGGCUGGUCAUACAUAACUACUAUACACAGUCUUGUGUGGGGACUUCUAUUUCAUACACACAUUCACACAUCUAUGGCGCAUGUACAGGUUACUGCCAAAGUAAAGGAAACACUUGAGUCAAUGAGGGAUUCAAAGUAGAGUUAAAGCAGGUGCUUCCACACAGGUGUAGUUCCUGAGUCAAUUAAGCAAUUAACAUCCCAUGGUGGUUAUUUGGGCUGCCUAGGCUAGAAGAGUUCUGGGACUGAAAUAGACGUCUCAAAAGACCAUAGGGGGUUUGAAGUGUCUCAGUCACCAGAUCUCAGUGCAAUUGAACACUUAUGGGAGAUUCUGGAGUGGCGAGUGAGACAGCGUUUUCCACCACCAACAGCAAAACACCAAAUGGUGGAAUUUCUUGUGGAAGAAUGGAGCAUUCCUCCAAUUGAGUUCCAGACACUUAUAGAAUCUAUGCAUUGAAGAUGUUCUGGCUCAUAGUGGCCCAACACCCUAUUAAGAUCAUUUAUGUUGGUGUUUCCUUUAUGUUGGUAGUUGCCUGUAUGUAUUGAUAUGCUGAGCGUGCACACAUGUACAGCAACAAUAGGAACAUGUUUUAUUAAUUCAGAAAAAUGUAUAGGAUUUUAUUCUGUUACGAAGGAUCAUUUUUCCCAUUUCAGUGGUGUAAGACCGAGACCAAUGCUUACUGUAAAAGCACGGACAUAAGGAUUAUUGACAGUUUUUUUUUUUAUGGUUUUGGAUUUGCUGUGAUGUGAGAGACCAACUCCUAACACACACACACACACACACACGUCUGUUUAGACAUGAUUUGUCAUGUUAUUUUCCAGUCUGUAUGGAAGGGGCUCACUGUUAAAGCUGCAGUAUGUCACUUUUUAGGUCACCUGACCAAAUUCACAUAGAAAUGUGAGCUAGAUCUGUCAUUCUCAUUGAAAGCAAGUUUUUAGAAGCAGAUCUGUUCUAUGUGCGUAAUUUCUUUGAUUCCGAUUAAAUUCAGUUUUUGCGUCUUUUAUUUUAGGUUUUGUACACGAGCUUCAAACAUCUGAAUGUACAAUAUUUUUGUUUAUUGAAAAGAUAUUUCACUGUUUUAAAUCGUGCAAUGAUUCUCUACACCAUACAUGGCUUGUUUUGUCAUACUUUAAUUAGGCCAACUAUUAAAACAUUUUACAACCAGGAAA